CUCGCUAGUGUCGCACACGAGAGGAGCUCUUAAAAACUUUUCGCCGGCCAUACUGUUUACGUCCGAAUCGUCUGAUAUAGAUGAAUCUGCACGUAAGAGCUGUGCAAGCGCACAGGCCGUCUCGCCCGUCAAAGUGAUCAAGGUGCAAACGCAAAAAUUACAUCCGGUCUCCUGAUCUUGCCGCCGAGUGAUCAUGGCAGGAGAUCGAGAUCUCGAGAAGGCGGCGAGCAGGCCUGCCAAUCUAUCGCAGGAGAGCAUCUCGAGCUCCCAUUCGCUGCCUGACGACGAAGAGGCGACGUUGAUGCACGACAGGGCUCUUGCGUCAGACGACACGCAGAGCCAGUCUUGGCUCAGGUCGCUCGGUCCGAAAUGCCGCAAGCUGCCUGUCGUGCUGGCAGUGAUGGUCUGUACGAUCGCAUCAGUCACUCUCUGGACAGCACGGCCUCCUCAUGGAUGGUAUCAGCCGGGCUCGUAUGAAGCUGAGCACCGUGCUCUGAUCGCUGGCCUAUUCAGAGAUCGCCCCGUGACAUGUGCGAAUCCUUACGACGAAUCCGGCUACCUUAACUACGACGAGCUCGACCCUCUGCAGGCAAGAUGGGAGCCCUUCCUGCCUGAUUGUCCCCCGCCACCAGAUUAUCUGGAGCUCUUGCGGCUUGCUUGCCCGACUGACAAGACCGGCACGCGAGACAGCGAAGUCUUCAAGACCGAUCAGCUCAGGUUCAGGCACUACAACCUGUCAGGCGAGCCUGAGCGACGCUUUAGGGACAUGACUGUUCAGCAGAUUGAGCAAACACGCGAGAGUCAAGAAGCUUUCGCCAAGCUAUCAUGGCUACAAAACAAGACUAUCCUGAUCCUUGGCGAUUCGGUGGAUCGGAACGCCCUGGAGCAGCUUGCCAUAAUGACUGACCACACAUUCACUCGCACGUCAUAUCAACAGUGGAACAACGAGACCAAUCCAGACGGAUGGGAUGAGCGAGGACUCCCACAUAGGAUACACUACCAGCGACUGAACCUGUGGAUCAUCUCACACUUUUUCUAUGGUGCAGACGAUACAGACGUAUUCGAAGUCCAAGGCGAUUGGCACCGUCCUGGCAAAUUCGAGGAUCGCUUCGAUCGGCUCUUCAAGCCCUUCAUAGAGGACAUGCUGACCUCGAAGCGGAGUCCAGACUUUGUCUCGUUUCAUUCUGCAACUUGGGAUAUGGCUAGGCAAGGCAGGAUCGACAAAAGUACCAACAAGUCUACGGAAUUACCCCUGACCACAGAACAGCGAGCCUGGCAUAGGCGGCGCUAUACUGAAAUGGUCACCCACGUCCUCGAUGCCUGGCCAGAGACACCUAUGAGGAUACGGGGCGUUCAUCGAGUCGGCGAGCAACAUGCUCAGGCAACAGGUGACUUUGACUGGCAGACCAAUAAUCGUAUCAAUUUCACCAACUUCUUCACGGAUGUAAGGGUGCAUCAGCUCGCUGGAAUCAUGGAGGCCGUCGCACGAAGCGUCGAGGUGCCUUACUACGACCUUGCCCAUGUCUGGGAAGGCCAUCAAGACCGCGCAGACGGCGUUCAUCCAAAGCUCUACUGCGGAGGCGCGGCGAUCAACCAGCCGCUUUUCCACCACAUCUGGCUCUCCACUCUCUCCGAGGACGACGACGAGUUCGAGCCGCGACAUGCGCCGCAUAUCUGGCGAUGA